AUGCCAGGACCCCAGGCAGCACCUUGUGUGUCAGGAUCCACUCUGCAUGGCAAGACCACCAGAAGCAGUGGACUACCCAUCGAAGACAUCAUCAACGACCCAGAUGCAGAAAUAAAAGACACAGACUCAGCAAGAAAAUUCCUAGACCAGCUGUACACUGUACAUGGAGACCCAAUAACGCCAGAACACCUGUCCCAAGCCCUGUUCUACAUUUCACAAAGCAAAAUGGUGAACAGCACCACACAAUCAGCCAUUCGAGCUACAGCAUAUCUAGUCAGAGACCUAGCAGUGCUGGCAAUAGCUGAAUCUAUAACCAAGGCAGUAUCGAGCAAACUAGAUGCCUCAAUCCUAAUUGCCAUAUCACUGCACAUCAGCAAAAUCAUGUCAACCACAGAGAAACUCGAAACCGCCAAUGAACAAAUCACAAUGCUAAGCACUGAGAUUGCCAAGAAUGCUGGAACCCAUGAUACCACUGCAGGUGACACAAGCCUUGAACUGCUCGAAGGUAAGGUACAAAAGCUCACUGAUGACAUAGGGUCAAUCAAAACUGUGAUAGAAGAAGUCAAAGACCACCUCAAAACCCAAACACCCCCAGCACCAUUCCCAACACCAUACAGAGAUGCCCUAGCCACAUACACCGCUAAUCUGAACCAGAUCCCACUGGGCAAAUGCCCAACACAGGAACAUGCUAAGGCCUAUGCUGCUAUCAGAGACAGACAGAUACUGAUUGACCCUGACAGAGAUCACCCAAUAUUCAAUGAUUCCACCAAGAGAGAGACAGCCAUCAACCUCAUCAAGCAAGCAAUAGAAGCAGUAGACAGGGUAGAUGGCCCCGAAAUCCAACUGAAAUCAAUCACCUGCCUACAAAACAAUGGCAUCCUCCUCAAACUCAACAGUCAAGAAGCCACAGCAUGGAUCAAAAAAGUCCCCAACAGAGCUACCUUCCUGGAGAAACUAGGAGGCACAACCAUGAUCAAAGACAGGAUGUACAGCAUCAUGAUUCCAUUCCUCUCAACCACAACUGACCUAGAUCGCCCUGACACACUAUGUGAAAUGGAAACCAAGAACAACAUCCCAACGGGUUCCAUAAGCCAGAUCAAAUGGAUCAAAGACCCAACCAAAUGA